ACUGCGCCUGCGCAGAGAGGCUUGCGAGCAGCGAAUGACGAGUGCGCAGGCGCAGAGCCCGCGCGUGCGCGAAAUUAUAUGUGUGUGGUGUGAGGGGAGUUGAAGGGGGAGCGAGAGUCACUUUCCGGUGUUUCUCUGCGGCAGCGAGCGCUUCCGGACGGCGUGAGGCGGGGCCGGCCGGGGAUGGUGUCUUGCUGGCUGCACGGCGGUAUCGCGCGCCGAAUGAAUUCUGCUAAGUGCUGUGGAACCUCGGUUCUGUGAUGACCAGUUUUAAACUAAAGUCAUCUGAAAAGAGUGACCCUCAGUUGAGAGAAUGCCCCACCAGGUUGGCCUGUGGACAGCCCUACCUGGCAUUGUCUUGACUGAUGAUUGAUGUUGGAAGAUCCAGCCCACUGUGGAUGGUGCUGCCCCAGUUGGUGGUCCUGGGUACUGUAACAAAGUUACGAGGAGCAAGCAACCACCAUGUAAAUGGGAAUUGUCAAGAUGUCUAGAGAGUGGUGUGGCCUCCCUGCCAGCUCAUCUUUCCAGCUUGCUGCUGCUGCCAUUGAUGAGCUGAGGAGCCUCUGGAGAUUAACCCUUCCCCCGGGAGCCCAAGCAAGGGAAGGAGCUAUUCUGAUGAGUUCUUGAAGGCAGAGCUACUGCCUUGCCCCAGCAGCCCCACAGAUCUACAUGUCUGGCCAACUCUGGCUUUGGGUGGCCAGAAGACAAAAAGCUGGACCUACCCUAACUCCCAGGUACCCUUGCUGUUCCUGCCUAAGGUGGAGAAGUGCUAACCCCUGAUGGGCAGCUAUGCUUCCACACAAAUCACAAAGUUGAGAGUACAGAAUACCACGCUUGCAAGCACAGGUCCCAGAAUGUGCAAGGUGGAGGCAGGAGGAUCAGAAGAUGAAGACCAUCUUGGGCUACAUACACAUCCUGAGCCACCCGAGACCCUGUUUCAACCAAAGAUUGGUGAUGGGGUUUCUGGCAGCUGCAGAGGCAGGAUGCGAUGCACAGGGCUAAUGGGGGUGCUGUUCACCCUGGUCAGCCUGCUGCAGCUGGCUGUAGCUCUGAGAAUCGCAGCCUUCAACAUCCGGACUUUCGGGGAGACUAAGAUGUCCAACGCCACCAUCUCUAGAUACAUUGUGAAAAUCCUGAGUCGCUAUGACAUCGCUGUUGUCCAAGAAGUCAGAGACACCCACCUGGUGGCUGUUGGGAAGCUACUGGAUGAACUCAAUUGGGACAAACCUGAUACCUAUCGCUAUGUGGUCAGUAAGCCGCUGGGCCGCAACAGCUACAAGGAACAGUACCUUUUCUUGUACAGGCCUGACCAGGUGUCUGUUCAGGACAGCUAUUACUAUGAUGAUGGCUGUGAGCCCUGUGGGAAUGACACCCUCAGCAGAGAGCCGGCCAUUGUCAAGUUCUUUUCCCCAUUCACGGAGGUCAGAGAGUUUGCAAUUGUGCCUCUGCACGCAGCCCCAACUGAUGCUGUGACUGAGAUUGAUGCCCUCUAUGACGUUUACCUGGAUGUCCGACAAAAGUGGAACCUGGAGGAUGUCAUGUUGAUGGGAGAUUUCAAUGCUGGCUGCAGCUAUGUCAGUUCCUCCGAAUGGUCUUCCAUCCGCCUCCGGACAAGCCCUGUCUUCCAGUGGCUGAUCCCUGACAGUGCGGACACUACUGUCACAUCUACACACUGUGCCUAUGACAGGAUCGUGGUUGCUGGAGCUCUGCUCCAGAGAGCUGUUGUUCCCAACUCUGUUGGUAUCUUUGACUUUCAAGCAGCAUACGGCCUUACCAAGCAGCUGGCUGAAGCCAUCAGUGACCAUUACCCAGUGGAGGUGACACUCAGGAAAACCUGAUGUCAUCAAGCAGCACAGCCAUAUGCACAGACAUGUGUGGUGCUGCUGCGAUCCAUUGUCCCAGGACAGACAGAAUGACUACCAUAUGGACUAAGAAAUCCGGUUUAAUUGAGGUAAAUAAAGCUGAGCUCAAGCAGUG